UGGUGGUCAUCACCUUAUCAUCUUCAUUUGUGACAGUAUCAAUUGGGAAUACUCACACAGAAAGAGAUAAAGGGGGGAGCUUAAAGGGGGACGUUAGUAGUCUAUAUAUAUUCAGUAGUUAGCAGUUGGUAGGUUGAGGUAGAAGGGAGGGAGACAUGGAGAGGUUAGGUCAGGGGUUCGACGAUUAUGUAGAACGACCUCAACCGGAGUAUGAUCAUGUGGCGACGCAGGAUGUGAGCACGGCGGGGAACAGAGGUAGCGUGGUGUCGUUCAAAGGGCCGUCAUCUGCGUGCGGCAGCGGAACCGCGGCAGGCAAUGCCGGAGCAGGAGCAGGGGCCACCGUAUCGGGGAGAAGAACGCCGAAUUCUUCUCCUUGUAAUCAGCACACGACGCCAAACGCGAAUCAGGGUGGGCACCUUAAUCAUCAAUCCCAUUUCAUGGCGUUUAAGGGGAGUAUUUCGUCAACAUCUACGGGAGGAGAGGGGGGUGUCGCGGGAGGAGGAGGGGUGUAUGGAGGAUCCGCCGCUGUGGUUGGCGGAGGCUCCGGCGGCGGAAACGGCGGCGGCGCAAUGGGAGCUGGCGUGAAGCGGGAGUGCAGCUCGACGGCGACCACGUCAGCAAGUAACAACUCGUCCGACAGGUCGGGGACAACCGGCGGGUCUUUGUCCGUCGACGUCUCGAUGCCGGACGCAAUCACGUCGCCAGGGCAACCGAGCGUGAGGGGCAGUAGUCCCAUGGCGAGCCCGGGAGGAGCUGGCACUGGUGGAGGUGGGGCAGCAGCGCAGCAGAGCGGAGCGAGCGCGGCUGCUGCUGCUGUGCAACCAGCUCCCGUUGCCGGAGGUGUGAGUCUAGGAUCGACUCCCGUUGGUGGCGCAGGGUCUUCGUCCUCCUCUCAGGGGCCGUCCAGAUUUAGUAGUGACGUCAACCAGAUGCCCGAGACCCCGCCUAAGUCCCGCCAUCGCCGAGUUUAUAGCGACAUACAAAUCCGGUUCCCGACGGGAGAGGAGUCAUGGGCAGAUCGGGACUUGGGUUUUCACUCAGGCGAUGUCGGUUACUACGCGGACGAGAUCGCCGGGGAAGAUUAUUAUGCGUAUUUGAGUGGUAGUGAUGCCGCGGCUGCGGCAGCGGCCAGCGUGGCUUGUAUGGGACAACACUCGGCCGGAUUGGGAGGAGGAGCAGGCGGCGGAGGGUUAGCUCUGGGUUCUGCUGGCAGGGAUGGGGGAGGAGAGCAAAACGAGUUUGUGGCCGCCGGAGGUGCGAUGGCUAUGGGAGGAGCGGGUUUUCCGACCAGAGGCGGGGGCGGGGGAGGCGUGCUGGUGUCCCCGAGAGGCAUCGUGAAAGCGAGAUUAUUUGGCGGAGCGCUCGGUAGCCCGGACAGAGCGUCGCUGGGUUUUAGUUUCAAGUCCGGAACCGUGGGUAUGGGCCGCAGCUGUACUGGUGUUUUUGAUGGAGUGGAUGACUCCGAUGAGGCCGCGAUUCGCAAAGUAAUGGCGUCCAAUAAACUACCAGAUGCUGCACUCAUGGAUCCCAAGCGAGCCAGGAG